ACUUUUUUCAGGGUCUCAUUUCAAAGACAAACAUGGCGGACAAUAUUGGUGGAUCAAGUGCUUUACCGUCCACCAACGAGCUAAACACUAGUGAAACAUCGCCCUUGCUACAGGAGGAACAGGCAGACGAACCUCCACCACCAUUCCAUGAUGGAUUUGGCUCCAACGAUCCCCCACCUCCACCCGGCUCACCACCCCCUGCCUACACAGAAAUGCCUCCUCCUUACUCCCCCUCUACUGGUGCGAUGAAUGCCGAGCCAUCGGUCAUAUGCAGGGUUUGCCAACAGAUUAUCUAUAUUAGGGGAAGGGAACACCAGAGGGUCGUCAAGUGCUCUAACUGCCAGGAAGCGACUCCCAUAAAACCACCACCAUCAGGGAAGAAGUACAUUCGUUGCCCUUGUAAUGCUUUGCUCACAUGCAAGGUGACAUCCACAAGAAUAUCAUGCCCUAGGCCUAACUGCAAGAGAAUAAUAAACCUAGCAACCCAACCUUCAACCCUUCCAACUGUAGAUGCAACCCCAAAUGCCAGAGGAAGAUUCAGAGUUAACUGUGGUCAUUGCAAUGAAGUGUUUGUGUUCCACACUACAAGUCACCUGGCCAGAUGUCCACACUGCCGCCGUGUAUCCUCUGUUGGUCCAAGUUUUGCUAAGACCAGGGCCACUAUAUUUGCUGUUGUGGGCUUUUUGUUUUUGGCUGCGGGUGUUGGUGUCACAGUGGGAACAUUAGAAUAUGCCGAGAAAUCUGGAGGAAUCUAUGUGGUUUGGAUUGGAGCCUUUGUUGCUGGUAUUCUUAACCUUAUCCGCAGCUGCUACUAUUGCACCAUGACCGUCAGUAGCAUUGAGGAGGAGGUGUGAGGCCAUCUACAGAGACACAUCAACCAGUAAACACUAGCGAGUCACUACUAUCACAAAGGCUUAGUUCCCAAUAAUCUUAUAUAGCCUCACUGCGGUCACUAAGGCUUUGUUCCCAUUCACCCAUUGUGCAUAGUUUCUGUUCCAGUGACCAAAGAUUGGUUCUUUACAAAUGAUGCAUGUAUUAUUCUUGGGAACACAGUAAGGAACUCAUAUGAUCAAAGCUAGGGAUUGAAAGGGUAUUGUUUACCAGAUGACCUACAGAAACAAAUAGACAUAAGCAAUUUUAACCUUUAAAAAAAAAUAAGAGUAGGAAACAGUUCUUGUACAUAAUUAUAAAUUGCAACAUAAAAAUUUAGAAUUUACAACACAGAUUCCUCUGUUAGGUACAAAUAGACAGGGAGGGAGACAGUCACGUUUUUUCUCUGAUUUUUACUGUUUUUUAACAAAUUGUAUUUUCUUUUAAAUAGAAAAAGGUUCAACUUUCCCACUUUGAUUGUUUUUUUUAUUCUUAUUAAUGUCAUGAGCUUUCCAUUAUUUUGUUCUCCUAUUUCCUAGCAGAAGGGAAGGGAAAUACUUGCAAUGCGUGCAAAAUAAGUUUCUUAAAAGUCAACAAACGAUUUAAAUUUCAAAUUGUAUUAAUUUGAAACCAUGGAUUUUAUUCUGUAAUUUUUGUAUGUCAUUUUUUCAUCAGAAACUUUUUUUAAAAAUUCAAAAAGCCAAAAUGUAGAUAGAAAGAGUGCUAUGUACUGACUUGAUUAAAUCACAAAAUAAAUGGUAACUAACACAAAAA